AUGGGUAUUAAGAUUGGCUACAACUCGUCGGUUUUUCCUGGCAAAUCUCUUUUGACAGUCUUGAGACUGAAAGGUUCAGAAACGCACAAGCAGAUAAGCGAACUUGUUGAAAAAGUUACAAAACACUUUCAAUCCCAGUCUCUUUUGCACUUGGCUGCAGAAAGGGGAAAUACGGAGCAUCUUCGCAGGCUGCUUGAGUGUGGUGAGCAUGUUGACUCCUUGUCGCCCGACCUGAUGGAAGGCCUGAGAGAAACGCCACUGAUGUUGGCAGCUAGGUACAAUGAGGUGGACGUUGUAGAAUUCUUAAUAGAGAGAGGCGCCUCUUUAGAGUCACAGGAUAUAGAGUAUUUAAGACCAAUUCACCAUGCUGUAAAAGGCGGUAAAAUAAGUAAUGUUCUACGCUUAAUAGAGCUUGGAGCUAAAGUUUCGAAGGAGAAUCUGGAGUAUGCGUCCCCGGUUCAUUUAGCUGCUGAAUGUGGCCACACCGAUAUUGUUCGUCUUCUCUUGGAGCACGGUGCAGAUGCUACGAAAUGCGCUGCGUAUAGCGGAAGAACUCCAAUUAUGUUAGCUGCUGAGAAUGGGCACUUAGAAACCCUCAAACUUCUUCUAAUAAAUGGAUGCGAUUUGGAUAAAGCCGAUGAAAGCGGCCAACAUUGUUUGCACUGUGCAGCUGAAGGAGACCAUUUUGACGUAGUCAAAUUUAUCCUUGAAAGUGGUGGGAAUGUACUAUCAAAAACUGGCUCUGGUCGGACAGUUCUCCAUUUGGCUACCCGUCGAGAUUUGGUCCAGUUUCUUUUUGAAAAAGGCGCAGAUGUUCAUGCAAGAGACUGCUACGGUAGAACUCCACUACAUGCCGCCUCUGGAAAGGGCCAAACCGAUACAGUCAAGUAUCUUCUGGGUCAGGGGGCAAAUGUUGACUCACGUGAUGACUCUGGAUGUUCGGCUUUGUAUGAGGCUUUGCAGGGUGGUCAUGCCGCUACAGCCAAAGUUUUGAUCGAUAGUGGAUGCGACUUUAAACUUUCAACCGAUCCAAAACACCGUAAGUACCUACACGGAGACUUGCUCAUAGGCACGACAUCAAGUGGACGUACAGAAGUUUUAGACAUUCUUUUUCAAAUCGGUUUACCUGUAGAUGAAUUUACACUGUAUAAUGAAACACCUUUGAUGUCAGCAGUGAGAUCUGGACAAUGUGAGACUGUCGCCUUUCUAUUAGACCGAGGGGCUAACAUCAACGGUCAAACCAACAAACCCAAAGCAGAUGAAGGCGAUGAUCAUGGUGACAGUGGCUCAGACUAUAGUGAGGAAGAUGACUACGCCAGUUGGUACGAGUUCAAACAUCGUCAUCGUCCUCCAUUGUAUUGUGCUCUGGAAACGGGUCAAGAGAAAGUAGCUAAACUUCUGAUAGAAAGAGGCGCUGAUACUUCAUACUCGCAAGAUGAGGAUACAUCACUUUCGGAACUUGCAGCUAAGCAUGGCUUCUCUGACAUCCUUGGGCUUCUCGGGUGUAAGGAUGACUUUCAUUGUGAUAAAAUCGUAGAUGGUGACACUUUACUGACAUCAGCUGCUGGACGUGGAGAUAUAAAGUCGGUUCGUUAUCUUCUACAAAAUGGCGCAGACGUGAAUAUGAAAAGCGUUAGAGGAGAAACAGCGCUUACCAGUGUCAUUCAAUUUGCUGACCUUCCACGUGUGUUAGAAGUUGUUAAACUUCUUAUUUCGUUUGGCGCCGAUAUAAACGCUAAGAACACCGGUUCUCGAACACCUCUUUCGUUAGCUUGUUCAAGAAAUUUUUAUCAGGUGGCCGAGCUUCUCCUUGAAUUUGGCUGUGAGACCGGUAGCAUCUACGGUGAUUCCUUUUCUCCCCUGCACCACGCUUCAGAAAACAACAAUGGAAAACUUGCAGAAAUUUUAUUGCAGUAUGGCGCUCAUGCAAAUGUGAAAGACGACGAGAUGACGCCUUUGCAUGUAGCGGCAAGUUCAUCUGGUAUUCUUGCAGCUCAGGUUCUCUUAAAACAUGGUGCUGACGUUGAAGUUGUGAAUCUAUCUGGCGAAACACCUCUCGCCGUAGCAGCAGCUCAUGGAAAUUUACCAAUGAUAAAAUUGCUGAUAGAAAGUGGGGCAAAUGUCCAUACCCAGGACAAACAUGGUAGAACCCCUCUCAUUCUCGCCCUAUGUAAUAUGCGGUAUCUUGAGUUUGAAGACGCCGGAGUGGCUGUGGUUCAAUACCUGUUGAAUAGAGGAAGCUCUGUAAAUGCUACCGACGUUUAUGGACGAUCGCCAGUUCAUUAUGUACCUCCUAGUGCCACAAGAGAAUUCUUUGAGUUGCUCUUACAUCAUGGUGCUCGUGUGAAUGUGCCUGAUGAAAAUGGAGAGACGCCUUUACAUUUUGCUGCGUCGGUUGGAAGCAGUUCUUCAAUUGAGUGGUUGUUGGAACAUGGUGCUAACGUCAGAGCAGUUGACAGAGAAAAUCGCACCCCACUUCACACAGCUGCAUAUGAAGGCCGGUGCAGUUGUGUCGAGCUACUAAUUCAACAUGGUGCUGAUGUUCACGUCACCGACAACAAGGGAUGGCUGCCUUUGCACCUAACUUCGUUUUCAGGCUGUGUUGAUGUUGCUGGGCUUUUGGUUGAAAAUGGAAGUGAUGUUACAGUGGUUGACAAAAAGGGGAGAACACUUCUUCACUUGGCUGGAAAAUUUGGACAGGAUGAGUUUUUGGAAUUUCUUAUUCAUCAAGGUAGCGACGUUAAUGCACGCGAUCUAAGUGGACAAACAGUUCUUGGGGAAAUAUCCAAAUGUCCUUACAAAAACCCUGAGUGGAACUAUAUCCAGAUAUACCUGAACAAUGGUGGCGACAUAUUCGCAAUCGACACUCCAACAGGUCGAACAACGCUUCAUUUUGCUGCGGAAUGUAAUUUCGUGUCUACUUUGGACAAUCUAUUAAACCAAGGCAUUGAGGUUGACGCAAAAGACAAAAAUGGGGACACUCCUUUGCACCGGGCAGCGGCAUAUGGAGCUUCAGAAGUAAUAGAACGACUGAUUGAUCGAGGAGCGGAUUUGUCUGCCUUGAACAAGAAAGGUCGGACGCCAUUCUUAGUUAGUCUUAAAAGGAAUCCUAACAAAACAGCUUGUGAGAUUUUGCUAAGACGUGGAAGUUCGGUGCAUGUAGCAGAUAACGAAGGGAACACGGCCCUUCACUUUGCUGUCUGUCAGCCCAGUGUUCUUAAGGAAAUUGUGAAAAAGGGAGGAGAUGUCAAUGCGGUCAAUAAACGUGGAUGUAGUCCCCUUCACGAAGCUGCUUACGGCGCGUACCUACCAGACUCGCCGCGGCUCUUGAUCAAGGCAGGUGCUGAUGUCUGUUGCCAAGAUGAACAAGGGAAUACACCUUUUCACGUAGCUGUUUCGCGUGGCAACAGUAACAUUGCGGAGUUUCUCAUUAAGAAUGGAAGCGACGCCCUUGCUACCAACUUUCAGGGUAAAACAUGCCUUCACAUGUUCAGAUAUUAUGGCGAUAAUCGUCUUUUAGAGAGGAUGAUUCGUCAAGGGCUAGACGUUAAUGCUGUCGAUGAGCUCGGAUGCACUCCCCUUCAUAUUGCCUUACUUGGAAAUGACGAGUGGCUGGUAGAACUGUUGUUGAAGAAUGGUGGCGAUUGUGGAGCUGUGGAUUAUAAAGGAGCUACCCCUCUUCACGUUGGCUGCUGUUCAGGAGGAAAAGAAACCGUUUCAUUGUUGGUUAAUCACGGAAGGUAAGAUUGCAGGUUUUUUCUAAUCUUGUUCCCAAAACAAAAAUUGCAAAAAGUUCGUGAUGGUGGUCGAGACGGGCUUUUGUCGGUACUUUGAAGGCAAAGUCUUCUCUCUCCUUAGCUGACAUUUUGGAAACAGUGGUAGUUGGCUAUUAUACAGGGGGUGGCCUUUAGCCUCUAAAAAUCAAGAGUGGGUGUACUUCCCUAGAGUAAAAAAGUGGCCCUUGUAGACACCGGACACCGAUAACGUGGUUGAAAAAAGAGUUUUCUAACCUAUCCUAAAGGCUAAUGGGUAUGGCAUGAAACAGUGAGUAGAUUAAGUUUUGAAUAUAUGAAAAUCAUAUAUGUGAACUGCGGAGUGAAGAAUUAAAUGAAGGAUGAUCAUCGCAGUUAUAAACGCAACUUUUACAGUUGCGAAAAGAAAGCCUGAAAAACACUCAGGCUUGUACGGGAUUCGAACUCUUGACUUCUGCGAAAGAGCGCUGCACCGGUAUCGCAGAGGUCAAGAGUUCGAAUCCUGUACAAGCCCGAAUUUUUUUCAGGCUUUCUUUUCGCAGCUGCAAAAGUUGCGUAUAUAACUGCAAUUAUCAUCCUUCAUUUAAGUGAGUAGAUUGUCUGAGAUAACUUCUCAGAUGAACAACUAUUCUUGGAGAAAGACAAAGCUACUAAGUUCCCAAAAUGUUUAUGGUAAUUAAGAAGUGAUAUCCAAAGCAGCUGACCAUCACGGUAGUGAUUUCCUUUGCUUUCUAUUCAUGUAUUAUUACUGGUUUGUGAACAGUAAUUCACAAAUAAUGUGAAAAAUCGAAGCUUCAACAUCCCCCCAGGUAUACCCGAAGCAUUUGACACCUUUGCCGUCGCGGGGAAGAGGAUUUCAUGAUCAGGGUCUUCCGGGGGAUGGGGAAUUUGAACCAUAGACUCAAUUUCAUGUGACAUUUAUACUUUGCACGAUGCUAUCUAUUGCAACCUGUCUGCAGACUCUGGUUCAAGGGCAUUAGAAAGCCACCACAUAGGAGAGAAAUAUGGUUUAAAUUUCGCCGGGAUGCAAGCACUUGAUCACCUAAAAUGUAUGUGAUGGGGGUUGCCCGGGGUGAUGUUGAAGCUUCGAUUUGACCGAUACAUAAUGACCACUUUUUUGUCGCGUCAGAUGCGUUCGCUGUUGUACUGACCUCCCAGCAACACUCACUUCUUAGUUGUACAAUGGCUACUUAUCGCUGUCCUCAAGUCUUAUCGUUGUGGGGAGGUGUAAGUGUACGAAUUGCAACUCAUAAUUCCUCAUCUCUAUUUUCGAAUGUCCCAUAGCACACUCAGUUUGCCCCCAAAAUGUCGCAUAAACUAUUGUCGUCAAAUGCUCCUGGGAGGUCGUUAAAAAACAAUAACGUAUGAAAAAUUUGUAGGGAACACAGUGUAUUAUGGGGGAUUCGAAUAUAGCUAAUUAACAAAAUUUGCUUUGCGAUUUUUUAAAUCUUUCGACUUUAAUUUGUAGUAUUCUCGAAGCUAAGGACUACAAAGGUUGCACUCCACUUCACAUCUGCGCUGUCUUCGAUCACAAAUCCACAGCUUGUUUACUUCUUCAGAAUGGAGCAAACAUUGAAGCCAGGGAUGAAGAAGGGAGUACUCCACUGCACCUUGCUUCAGCCUUCAGUGAUGCAGAGGUAGUUAAACUGUUUCUUGAGCAUGGUGCAAGGGUUGGUUCAAGGGAUUCAGAAGGCAGUAUUCCGCUUCACACGGCUGCUGCACUCGGUAGGAUAAAAUGUAUUCCAGUGUUAAUUGAUGCAGGAAGUGACGUCAACGCGCGUGAUGAUAAUGGAGAGACACCGCUGCACGUGUCUGCAGGCUCUGGUCAUCUUGACGUAGCGCGUCUGUUGAUGGAAAAGGGAGCAGAUUUGUUUGCAGAAGACAAGGAAGGGCGUACACCGAGUACAUGUGCUCAACUGUUUGGACACAAAGAAGUGGAAAAGUGUCUACAGGAAAGAUCUAGCCCAUCACACAAGGGUAUUAGUCUUUCAUCGGAUCUUAAAGAACUGAAGGUUUUUUAGUUAUUAAGUCAUAGCACUUGUGAUGUCGAAAUGGUCGUCAAGUUGAAAAUGACGAGGGCUAUGUUAAACGGACAUGACCCCUUGGGUGUGUUUCAGGUACAGUAGAACCUCGAUAUAACGAAGUCUUCGGUAUAACGAACGAUUUUCUUUACCCCAGUAAUAGUGAAAUAUAUGGAAAAGAACCUCGAUAUAAUGAAACCUCGUUUUAGUGAACCCAUUUUGCCAGUCCCUUGGCCCUUCGUUUUAUCGAGGUUCUACUGUACAAGUCUUCUCCUUCAUACAACUUUUGCAUCAAACAUUUUGGGGGUGCAUUUGUGCUCUAGCUGUGGCUUACAACGUUCGGAUGAACGGUCGUACAGCAUGUCCCUGUAACAUAAUUAAUAGCUGAAAAAUCAGUCACAACGACCAGACUACUUCUCGUCAGGCAACAGGACAACCACAAAAAGUGAAGUUGUUAUGGGUUACGUGAUUUAAGACCGAAGUAGCGCACAGAUUGCAUGAGCCGAGAGAGUGUAGAUCAUUUUUUAAAAAUAUUGACGCGUGAGUUAUUGAGCUAAUACCCAUCCUGGUGUCUGUGACUGAGGUAUUGGUGGAUUCUAGUCGAGCAGCUUAAAAAGGCCCUGUUUGCACUACGCAAAAUUUUGUUUGUUUUGCAAUAAUUUCUUCUAACAGGAAGCCAUUAAUUGUGCGAACGAUUUUUUCACCUACCAAAAUAUUCUCAAGUGUCACCAAACUUCAAAGAUGCCAUGGAGAAUAUUUGAAGGCCGAUAAUGUUUUGUCACGUGACAAACUCCUUUGUUCGUUGACAGCCAUCCUUCGUCGCGUCAUCUUAUCUCGCGAACAUGACCAAUCAAAGUUCCUUUAAUUUAAGUUUCUGGUUAUACGAAUAAUUUCGCAUGUCUCAGUUGCGAAAAAGAAUGCAAAAACGAAAAAUUGGUGAUUACAAAAUUUUCAAUUUUUUUGGCAAACGCCGAAGUCUAUUUUUCGUCGUAGGGCGAACAGGGUCUAACAGAUAAUUUUUAAAAUUACUUGUCCUGUUAUGACUUCUUAAGAGGAAGUUAGAGAAGUCUCGGGAGAAUUCUCCGAAGAUUUCGUGUAAACUUAUCUUAACACAUAAAGCACACUAGGGGACGCGCAAAAUGAUCUGGAAAAACCAAAGAGAAAUCAAAGAGAACUAAAUCCAGACUCAAAGGAGAAGGCGAACAAAAAUCAAUUAUUUUUUGAGUAAUUGUCCAACUUGAAAAACUCGGUCCGUCGUUGCCUAGUGCCCAGGCCUAAUAAUCCCCGCGGUCUUGGCGUUUGGAGUCAUGUAUCCGUCUCGGAUACACCACCAAAGGUUAAAAUUGACAGAGAAGGCCUGAAAAGACGUCGCACAGGAACCGGGAAAGGUUUGACGUUUCAAGCGCUCUUCAGCGACUUAAGACAAAUUUUAGCAGCUUUUAUGUUCGAGAAUGUUAACGCUUUUAUCAGAUUUGAGGUAGCUCUAAAUCUUUGUGACUCUGCUCCUUUAAUUCAUGUACAUUUUGUUUGGCGGGUUAUAUUGUGUGCCUGCUUUUAUAGGUCAUUUUAUAACAGAUAGAGCCUCUACAUACCGUAAAAUUCCGAAAAUAAGCCCCGGGGCUUAUAUUUUUCAAAGGCCCUUUUUGAGGGGCUUAUUUUUGGAGGGGCUUAUAUUCGGAGGGUCUU